AGAGAUACCAACAGGGUGUGACAGAGGCAUUGCAAAACUCAACCUUAUUUGAAGACCAUCAGGACAGUAAAAACCAAGUGAAAAUCAAAACAAGGGCUUACAUGCGGCGGGUGUCACAGAACACCAUUGCUGACUGGGUCUUUGGUGGCCAGUUUGUCAACACCAUAGUGUGUGAAGACUGCAACCAUACCUCACAGAAAAUUGAGCCCUUCCUGGACAUUUCCUUGCCCAUUUAUGAUGAAAAGGUACUUCGCCAUUGGGGAGACCAGGACUGUGACUUGGACACUGACUCAGUCAACACUUGCUUUCCAUCAUCAUCAUCAGGCAGGAAAAAGAGGGACAACAAUAAGGUUGCCAAAGGCAGAGGUGCUACUGGGAUCACAAGACCAAAGAGUAUCAGCCUCAAAGAGACUCAUUCCAACAAUAAGAAGUUGAAUUUGAGACGCAAAUCAAAGAGCCUUUGCUCACCUGACAAUAGCUCUUUGAGCUUCAUGGCUGACAUCCUGAUGGAGGAGUCUAUGAUGAUGACAGAUGCUUCUUCUGAGAAGGGCUUCAACAAUAAUGACUAUGAGGAUAAUGAAGAUGCUGUUUCCAUGAACUCUGUGCACUCUGUGAGUCAA